CCUGUUUAUCACCACCUAACCCAGACACUGCGCUGAAUUCGGAGCUGACAGCUUCUUCAUGAGGUUUUUUGGGGUGGCGUCCCUGAAGCCUCUGACUAUUUAUCAUCACAGUGUGCCUAAAGGUAUUGCCUAGCAGAAAACCAUGGGCAAUUUCAAAGGGCAUGCCCUCCCUGGAAGCUUUUUCCUUCUUUUUGGCUUGUGGUGGUCAGUGAAGUAUCCACUGAAGUAUGCCUGUCGAAAAAACAAGAACGCUUGCUACCUUGGCUCCAGGGCAGGAUUCCAGCGCCUGGAGUUUGUUGAGGGCAUCAUCAAAGCUGUCUUUGCCCUCAUUGGGAUGGUGGCUGAGCAGUUUGUUCCUGAUGGACCUCAUCUGAAGCUGUACAACUACGAGAAGAAGCACUGGGAUCACCUGAUGAACUGGCAGCAUGCCACCAUGUACCUCUUCUAUGGCAUUUCAGGGCUGGUGGACAUCGUGGCUCACGGGACCAACGCACUGCCAGCGGCCAUGGACAGGAUGAUGCUUUCCUUAGCAGUCUUCAUUGAAGGUUUUCUCUUCUGCUACCAUCUUCAUGGGAGGGCCAUGCUGGAUGUUCAUGUUCAUCAGUUACUGCUAUUUGCUAUCUUUGGAGCUGCUGCCUGCAUAUUUUUGGAAGUUUUUUUCCGUGGCAGUAUUGUGCUAGAGAUGCUCCGUACAAGCCUCUGCAUAUUACAGGGCAGCUGGUUCUGGCAGAUUGGCUUUGUGCUUUAUCCUCCAAAUGGAAGCCCAGAGUGGAAUCAGACAGAUCACACUAACAUGAUGUUCCUGACCAUGUGCUAUUGCUGGCAUUAUGCUUUUGCUUUUCUUAUACUUGCAGUGAAUUACACAAUUGUCAGCUGGGCGGUUCGUUCGAAGGUUAAGCAGUCCCAGUCCAUGGAAAUGGGUUUACUGAAAACAUCUGAACGAGAUCAUGAGUCAGAAGAAGAAAUUUAGCAUGUCUUGACCAGUUUGCCCACUCCAACUAUUAGGCUAAUUGAUACCUCAUUUCUACAUUUUUUUGCCAUCUUAUUCAUUUUUUGACUAUGACUUGCUUUGCAAAUAUCAAUCCCCUAUGAUGUCUACAUCUACACAGUUGUUUUUUGGGGUUUUUUUGUGAAAGGUAAGCUUGAUAUUGAUUCAUGGUGGUUGCACUAGUACAUUGCUUAUCAUAUGCUUCACAGAAAAUCAGACUAGUAUUAGACAGACUUGAUGUGGAUGAGGUGGCACAAUGAAGUCUGUAUGUUUGCCUUAUUAAAAGCUAAGUGAAAUGUUUUUCAGCUGCUGCUGAACAUGAAGUUUCCAUAAUCAGGGUGUCUAAAUAUGUGUGUUGGUUGCCUUGCAAGUACCUGUGGAUAAAUAACUGUGCAGAUCUGGAUAACAGUAGAACAAGAUAAAGAAACCACAGUCUUGCAGCUGUUCUGUGUAACAGUUUUGUGUCUCUGCCUGUGGCUUUACGUUAAACAGGAAGAACUUCUCACUGUGAACCCACUGAGUGGUUCACUGAAGAGUGUGGAGUGUUCCCCCCCAGAGACACCACCGCACCUGGCAGGAGGACCAAAGAUGUGUAUGGUGAUCAAAACCCAGUGUGGUUGUUUGUGCUUGUGCCUACACAGUCCUGUCUCCUUGCUAUUCUUUGACUUUUCAAGGCAGUGGAAGUGACCCUGCCUUCCCUUGGUGCCUGGAACAAUUUAUUUUCCAAAAAGGCUGAGGAGUGUCCAGUCAGGCAGCACCUAACUGCAAAACCAGUUUCUUUCCCUAAGCUAUUUCCUUUCCUUAGGUGGAAUUUGGUGGAUUUCUGCAGGAUUCAGAGCAGACAUGUGACCCACCACCUGAGUCAGGAGUGGGUAAUUCUGCUCUGUGGGCAGGAUGAAAUGGUUUUACAUCCUUUCCCUGUAUCAUCCCUUCAGUCACCAGGCAGCCUGCACAGUGCUGCACAGUGAGCUGAGGGAGGGCAGAUGUUGCCUUCUUAGUAGCUCCAUACCCAGCUACCAACACCAGUGAGGGAAUUAAAAAAUAACACCACUUUUAAUUGCAAUUAUUUUCUCCAUGCAAACUGAUCUAGUGAAAAGCAUAGUGUUCAUGGCUAAUGGCAGCAAAAUGAUUGCUUAAAAAAGCUAGCUAAUAAAAUAGUUUGUACCACAAAGGGAUCCCAAGACCCAAAAAAUCCUUACAGGCUUUUUCUCAAACUACUUUACCUUCAGUCCAACAUAAAUAUUUACUUCACUUUUAAGAUCUACCUUUUAUCUCCUGUUUUCAAGGAGCACCUUUCCAAGCUGCACAUGCUGCUAAUGCUGUAUUUUAGUCUGUCAGUUUUGUCAGUGCCUUUCUAAAAUCAGUGGUGUUCUUUAUUCUGAAGGAGAUCAUCAGAAACUACUUUGCUUCUCACAGGCAGGAGCAAUGCAAAUUUCUUCACUGCUUUUCUUGAUAAAUAAUUUUAGUACUAUGUAAAUAUUAAGGUGCUGUAUCUCUGAAGCAAAGAGAUAACCCAAGCAGGAUGAAAAGCACAAUAAACUUCCUGAGCUUUUGUGUGUCUUGUUAGAAGACUUCAGUUGUUAAUUUUUAAAAUAAUUUUAGGUGUUUGCCAAGUAUUGUGAAGUAACACCUGUAACCAGGUGCCAGAUUCUCCAGAUGAAUCUUCUUUGCAAAGCAAGAGUAGUUGGCUCGCAGACAUUUCUACAUUUACAAACAUCAAGGAGGAAAUGGCACAUUGCUAGCCAAAGAUCACUGCUUUUCUUAGCAAUUGUUGGCCUUUUUCCAAUGCCUUUCUCUGAAGGCUCUUGGAGAUUUUGGCAAACUUCAGUAAAGCCUGUCACAAACCUUAGUAAAGCCCAGAACAUUCUUGUAAGAUAGGUAUUGGUAUGGUAUAUUUGUAGCUCUGUGUCUCAGCUUUAAAGUGGUCUUACUACAAACUCUGAAAUAAUUUUAUUUACUCCACUCUGCAAAUCUAAGACUGGAGUUUGAUUACUGUGGUUCCAUUAAAAUCAGAUUUUCUGUAGAAAGAAGAUCCAGGGCUUCCCUGAGGAGCUUGCCUGUUAAUUGCAGCAGGGAUACAUUUGCCAAAUGUGUCCCUGUUAGGAUCUUACCUUCAUUGCACCACAUCACUGUUGUCUCUAAAUUGUGGGGAUUGUUUUUUAAAGGGCAUAUCCUUUUUCCUGUUAGAAUGGUUGAGCUACAAAGCUUCUGUAGUCUGGGCAGAGAAGAUGAUGGUUGUGCAUCAAAGAGAACUUGGGGAUUAUUACAAAAUUCUGUCACAAUAAUAAAAUAAAUUGAUGAAGUGAACCUCACGGGCGAGCUGUGCACAGGGAAGGUGCUUAGCAAAAUCUCCUUUUGAAAACAAUUCCCUGCUCUUACAGAAGCAAAAAGUGACAGUACUUGAGCUCAUUGGACAGUACUGUCAAUGAGUGGCUGCCUGAUACUGUUCCUCCAGUGGGGAGGAGGUGGGGACUCUGGCUCUGUCCUUAUCCAGCAGUGGCUGUAGAGCUGGGUCUUUUUGGGGAAAAACUGAGCAGGAUUUGGCCUGCUGAGAGGAAUCACCUGCACCUCCCUCUGCGUCCCUGCUGUGAAUCUCCUGUAAAUGACCACAGAACUGGAUGAAUAAGCCCAACACGUCUGCUGGUUUCAGUGCAAGCACGCUUGGCAAAGACACCUCUAAAGAAGCCCAAACUGGAGGCUGAUGCAGUCUGACACAGAACUGUAGGGCAGGCUUUCUGCAAAAAGCUCUCUCCUCACAUUAGAAAAUGUGGCAUUGCAUUAUCAAGCUUGGAGAAAUGCAAGGAAAAACAGAUCCUGAAGUCUCAAAGAAAGUAGUUUUUGGAAUUUAAUUUUUAAUACUUACAGCACAUGGAAAGUGAGUGUCAUAGCAGGGGUUUGUGUCUGACAAGUGUGUGUGCCACAAAGAAAGGAACACCCUAUUUCAGAGUGAGAUUUUGCUACAUGGAAUGCCUGACCCAUUCUCCCGUGUUCUAAAGAGAAGCCUAGGAACAGUAGGGCAUCUAUGACAACGAAAAAGGUACGGCCUUCAUAAUUUCAUAAGCAGCAGGUAUUGCCUGAGUUGAAUGAGGGGAGGGAAGUCCAACAUGUUUACAAACACCACUCAGAAAAGGGAAGCUGCUCUCAAGAAAAUUUAAAUUGUUUUUAAAUAUUGGUGCCUUUGAAAAACUAUAUGUUAGUUUUUACUAGACAAAAUACACCUGUAAUUUUAUUUAAAUAAAAUUGAUGUAUUAAUGUAAGACAUCUGUCAUGUUUUCAGGGAAAAAAAUAUAACCAUUUAUGGGACAGGAUGGGGUGGGAUAAACAGGUUACUCUCAUAACACAUCCAGACAUUUGAACAAGGUGCACUUUAAUUCAAGAAAGGUCAGUACUACCUUGUCAUCAGAAACUGUGAUGUGUGUUCUAUUUAAAUUACUUAAAGGUAUUAUUUAAAUUAUUUUUUUCCUUUGUAACUAAACAUAGCAUGAAUGAAGAGCAAAUAUGACAGCAAGGAAUUUGUAUCCUCCAGGUUCACUCAUCCUUAAAACUUAGGCACUAAAACACUUCAGUGGAUCAAGUACCUUAAUCAGGUACUCUUCCCCAAAAUGUUUCAGUUCCUCCAAACAGCAGUUGCGGUAGGAGUUGCUGGUACAAAAGUUGGUGGAAGAAAACAGAACAGCUUUUUAUCCAAAACGAUCUCCAGUGUGUGCAGUAGUGGAAGGGAGCCUGACUCCCAAGAACUAAGUAACUGUUAAACGGGAGAAAAACAACUAGAAAACUGCCAGAAAAUUUGUCCUUAAAAUCUAUUCUAGGUACAAUAUAUGCUUGCUCAAAAUAGUUGUCAAAUAAGGAAUAACUUGUCCUCAGAUGACUUUUUUUGAACACUAAUUUCUACCUCUUUGCUAGGUAACUGUUGCAGUUCAUGGAUCUCUAUAUUUGAUACGUUUCUUAGAAUGAAAAUACAUUUAGAGAAGUAGAUGAAAACCAUAAUUAUAAAUACUACAGCAAUACUAAGUAAUUUAGCUUAGAAAGGAAGCUCUCACCUAUAGACUUCUGCCAUUUACUGACAAAACAGUCUGCUAGAGAUGGCAGUUCAGAGGUCAAUGCAAGGGUGCAAUAAAGGCCUGAAAUUGGAGCAGAAAUGGUUUUGCCUGUAUGCUGUGGUUAGGAGCCACUGCCUCCCUGAGGAGAAGGAAGAAAUGGAAAACAGGCUGCAGAUCCAUACAGCUGAACAGCAAUUAAGCAACAAGAAAUCACUCCCAGCACUCUGAAGAGCAUGGGAGGGGCAGCUGUGUUCAUGGUACACAGCAUUCCAGCCUCCUGCCUCCGGUGUAAUUUACCAGGGGUAAGGUUCUCAGACACAUGGUGGGAUUUUUAUGGCUCCUGUGCCACAGGAAACAGCAGUGCCAAUCUUCCAGUAGGAGUGACAGUAGGAGGGAAAGCUUGCACUGCUUUGCUGGAAUUUUACUGGUUUGUGACUGACUCAGAUGCAGUUGACACAUUAAAAAAAGUCAAAGAUGGUGUUUACUGCUGGCACCAUGCUUUGUGCACACUUGAAAACAAAAAAGAAAGGAAAUAAGAAACAUCUGGCUCUAAUUAAGGCUUAAAAGAAAUGAAGGAAAGCAGAAGAAACAUAUCCUGUCACUCAAGAGCGAUUUUAUCUCCCUGCAGCUGCAUCACACAUACGAAUUUGCAAGUGUUAAGGUUCCCUUUCAG